CUCUUUUUAACGCUCAUCUCUAGAGAACGAGGUCUGUCAAGGCUCGACAAUAAUAUUAGUCUUCAAAAUAGUCAAAUUGGAAGAGUAACUGUUUUCGCAAUCGGAUAUGGGUGCAGACGAGCUACCGGCAAACAACCUUCAGACUUUGGGCAGCGAUCCGAACAAGACUGGUCAAAAUGAAGGCAUCACCUUUACCGGUCGUGUCCAUAAUAUCUCUCAAGAUGAAGACAGCGGCUCAAUUGCACUUCUCCUAAGAAAGAAUGGCCAAUUCUUCAAAUGCAAGCUGGAGAUUACAGAUUGCGCGGACCCUGCCAUCUUUGCCACGGCUCAACGCCUGACUCCUGAAUCGCUUGUUCGCAUCUCGUGCGUGAUAAUUGCGUCCAAUAAUGCUAGCUCAGAAACCUUUGCCAUUACGCAGAUAUCUUCACUGGACAUAUUGUCCGAAGCAAAGGUCAAUCUCGCAGGUGACCUGAAGCUGCAUGGAGCUCCUGGAGAGAUUCUGCCUUCGCUGGAUGAGCGGACUCGUCUUUUAGACACAAGGCUCGACCACAGACUGUUGGACGCUCGAGUUGCAUCCACGGCCUCAAUCUUCAAAAUCUUCUCGGCGGUGCACAAUUUAUCCGUCAAGUAUUUAGUAGGCCAGGACUUUCAUUACAUUCCGACGCCGGCAUUCGUGGGCUACGAGUUUCCCGCUGAGGAGGAGGACCACUUCUAUCUCGAUUAUCUCGGCAGGCAAGCGAUGCUGGCACCAACUGGCGAGGUGCAUCUGGGCAUGGCGCUUGCUGCAGAUCUUGAACGUGUCUAUGACAUCCAUACAGUGUUCCGUCGAGAGCCAAAGAGUGACGGAAGACAUCUGACAGAGUUUACAAUGCUUGAACUCGUUUUUGCACUCAAAAACAAUUGGACCGAGAUUCUUGAGCUUGCCGACAGCCUCUUGGUGUUCCUUUUGCAGUCCUUACAGCAAGAUGAUAGGUAUACCAAACUCACAACAGCUGCACAAAGACUGUAUCCUGCCGCCGGAAGCUUCAAGCUGGGCUUGGAUAAGAACGGCAAGCUACCACGCGUACGAUUUGAUGAGGCUAAAGCUAUUCUCCGUGAUCAUCUCGGCAAGGUGGCUCACGUUGAAGAAGAUCUUACGAGAGAGGAAGAGGCAUCGCUAGGAGAGCUUCUUGCCAGCGAUCAGUCGCCUCUGGACUCACCUACUGAUAUAUUCAUAAUAACUCACUUUCCAAAACACCUUCGUCCGUGCAAUGUCUCUUCAUUGGGCCGCGAUGACGCAACAACGAAUUCAUUCGACAUCAUUCUGCGCGGACAGGAGAUUGUCACGGGAUGUCAACUGCUUCACUCGUAUAAAGAAGUGAGAUCAGCCUUUACAAAUCGCGCGCACCGCAUUGAUCCAGAUUGUCCCGGAUGGCGGCCAUAUACCGAAGCGCACGAGAUUGGGAUGCCGCCAUGGGGCGGCUUUGGGCGUAAGUUGUCACUUACCACAUGAUUUCAUUGUAUAAUUUGCAGUACUGACAUAUCUUACAGUUGGGCUGAAUCGGCUGGUUCAGGGAUAUCUGGGUUUGGCGGAUGUUCGCGAGACUGUUCUUUUCCCGCGUGAUGCAUGCAGAUUGGCGCCGUGAAGUUGUCAUUUAAUAGAGCCAUAAGUAAUGAUUGAGGUUGUUUAAAUAAAUCGAAAGCAGAAUUAGUUUUAUAUUUCUUA